GAGCAGAUAUAUAACUCAUCAAAAGAAGUCAGUGUUUGCAGUAUACUUAUUAUCGCUACCUACUAGGUACUAGGUGGCUACCUAUACCCCGCUCUUCCCACAACAACGCGACAAUGAAGCUAUACCUUAGCCUUUCACUUGCUUUCUUUUCUUGUAUAGCAGCAGAAUCAGCUGGUUCUGCACUUUAUGACGCAGUGAUUGUCGGAGGAGGUCCCGCAGGUCUUGUUCUUGCUUCGCGGCUUUCAGAGAACCCUAACUUUAAAGUCCUGCUCAUAGAAAAUGGACCGGAUACAUAUAUCAACGAGACUGUGACAACCCCGCGGUUUGCUGGCCAGCUACAAGGAACUCAAUUCUCCUGGAACUUUACGUCUGUCCCGCAAGCUACUCUUAAUGGCGCCGCACCGCCAUUGCACCAGGGCAAUGGCCUCGGAGGAGGGACCGCGAUAAAUAUCAUGGCCUAUUGUCGAGGAUCCAGUUCGGUAUUUGAUGAAUGGGCGAAUAUAUCGGGAAUAGACGGACUGAGAUGGGAUAAUCUCGUGCAUUAUUUCGAGAAAAGCACCAAUCUGUUUGUGCCCCCAGACCUCGAUUAUGACCAGGUGAUCGACAAGACAAAGUUUGGUAAUUAUCAUGUCGAUGUCGGCUAUGAGUCGAACUCUCAGAGAUCUAUAAUCGACAAUUCGUUUGUCGAUACAUGGAUCUCUAAUGGUGCAGAAGAUGCCGACUUUUCAGCUGGAAAAGGCAUUGGCAUGCUAAUUGGUGGACCUCAUUCGAUAAAUCAUUUCAAUGGAACGAGAUCAUAUGCUCUGCCUGCUUAUGGAUUUCAAUUAGCUGGGCGCUCAAACGUUGAAUUGAUCCGCGGAAGGGCUAUCAAAGUCAACUUCGAGGGAACCAAGGCCAUUGGGGUGGACUAUGUACACGUUUCGAACAAUACCACUCACACUAUAAGGUCUAAUGAAACGAUUAUCAGCGCAGGAGCUGUCAAUUCUCCACGCUUACUCCUUCUUUCGGGUGUCGGACCUAAAACUGAUCUUCUAUCCCUCGGUAUCCCCGUCGUCGUCGAUAACCCUGAAGUUGGGUUAAACUUUUUCGAUCAUCACUAUAUUGUCAUGAUGUUCAACGCGACCCCAAAUAUUAUUACCAGUACACAGCUUCAAGACCCAACAAUACUCGCCCCUUUCCUAGCCGAGUACAAGGAAAACGGAACAGGACCACUAUCAACUACAGGCUCUUCCUCGUUUUUCGCGGAACGAUUAUCGGACGAGAUACUCGAUAGUUUUGGUGUGAAUGUCGACUUUCAUAAAAACUUACCUAAAGAUAGGCCACACCUGCUGUAUCAAUGGUCUUCUACUGCUAUGCUUCCAGCACCUAACAGUUCCAAUACAAUCUCAAUCCAUUCGGCGCUCGUGCAGCCCGAGACCCCUGGAUCCAUACGCCUCAACAGUUCGGACUGGCGAGACGACCCGCUGCUCUAUUCUAACUACUUCGGUUCCGAAGGCGACUUCGCUAUUGCUCUAUAUGGCUACAAGCGCUUGAUAUCUAUGAUGCGCUCCAGCACGAUGCAGCCCGUGGUGGUAAACGAAGUGUACCCUGGAUCCAACGUUACAAGCGACGCGGAUAUCACCGCAGCAUUCAUGGAAGCAGCUCGCUCGUUCCAUCACCCGAUAGGGACGAAUUCCCUCGGCAAAGUUUUGGAUCAGAGCUUUAGGGUUAAGGGUGCGCAGAAUUUGAGGGUGAUUGACUCUAGUGCGAUCCCGCGACUGCCAACUUGUCACCUACAAUCGUCGGUAUACGCGUUUGCGGAAUUCGCGUCUACGAUACUCAAGGAUGAGCUUUACGAAGUUUCAAGAUCAAAAGAUAUACGAUAAUUUAUUAAUCAUUUUCCGGACAAAAAGGCUAUGUGAAGAAAUUUACUUUGGAUAGUAAAAUAGCUAAAAAAGAAAGGGGUAUUAAAGUGGACCCUAAAAGGGGUGGAGUGCGAUAACCUCAAGUGUCAUUAACAUUAUCUUUUGGAUGCAUGAUACACAAAGAUACUGAUCUUCAUACGCCUUGAUGAUAGGUGACAUGCUCUUUUAUCAUCUGAUUGAGAAAAUAGUAUAUGAAUCAUAAGGAAAAAAUGAUUAAGUGAAGGUUUUGUAGAGGGGAAGGUCAUGUAGACAACCACC